UCUCGACUACUAGAUUUAGUAGAAAUCUUUAGAGAAUAUACUAAAUUCGGCCAUAUCCGCUAUACUAGUAUUUUACUAGCCUCCCAGGUAGCGAACCUCAAAAAUACCACUAAACGGAUUAAAAUUUAUAUACUUAUUAGUAAUAGUAGUACUUGUAAUACUAAUAAACUACUUAGUACCCGUAAUACUAGUAGUUCUAGUACUCGUAAUACUAGCUCGAAAUCUAUAGCCCUCUCUAGGAAAAGUACCUUCCUACUAGCUUAUAUAGAGCAGGCUAGCUCGUUCUCUGCUAUUUCUACUUGUAAUUCGCUUAAUACUACUUUCUGCUCUAAGGGAAUUAAGGAACUAGUAAUUUCUAUAGUUUCUCUUUCCUUAAAAAAUAAUAUUAUAGUUAAUACUACUCCCGAAUUUAACUCUGACUUUCUGAUUCAAAAUUAA